CACCAUUUUUGUAUUCUUUUGGGUUUAUUUCUAUGUAGGAAAAAAAAGAGAGAGAGAGCGAGGGGGGGGGGAAAAAGAAAAGAAAAGGCCCAAGAACCAAAAAAAAAAAAAAAAACUAUGAGUAAGAUAGUGGAGAAGAAGCAGAAGAAGAAGAAAGGGAGACCUUCUCUUUUAGAUCUCCAAAAACGGAACCUUAAAGAACAACAGCAAAAUCAACACAACACCAAAAUUAAUGAUUCUACCCCUCAAAUUACUCUUAAUUACGACUCUGCCACUGCCACUUCUCUCCGUCGAUCAACCCGCCGGCAUCGGAAUGACGAUGACGACGACGCCGACGAAGAAGAAGAACAAGAGCAGGGGGAGCAUGAAUUGGCCCGAAAAAAACGACGGGAGAAGAAGAUGAAGCUCGUUCUCAAGUUGCCUUCCUCGCAGCAAAAAUCGCCGGUUAAUUCCGAAUCCCGCGGCUCCGAUUCGAAUCGCGAGGACAGUAACGCGGGUUCGAGUCACAAGAAGAGGAAAAUCAAUUCAAUCGGGGACGGAUCCGGAAUUGCUGAUUCCAAAAAGGAAGAUAAGUCUGUUUCUGGUGCAAACCCCGCAAGUAAUAGCCAAGGUGGUCAGUUGGAUUCUGGACCCUCAACGGCUUUACCGGACAAAAAACUGUUACUGUUCAUUCUAGACAGGCUUCAGAAGAAGGACACUUAUGGUGUGUUUUCGGAGCCCGUGGAUCCUGAAGAGCUGCCAGACUAUCAUGAAGUCAUCGAGCAUCCUAUGGAUUUUGGAACUAUUAGGAAAAAACUUGCUAGUGGUGCUUAUGCCAACUUAGAACAGUUUGAGAACGACGUUUUCCUCAUAUGUUCAAAUGCGAUGCAGUAUAAUGCUCCUGAUACUAUAUAUUUUCGACAGGCACGAUCUAUACAAGAGCUAGCAAAAAAGAACUUUGAUAAUUUACGGCAAGAUAGUGAUGAUAAUGAAGCAGAGCCAAAGGUGAUUAGGAGAGGUAGACCUCCAACCAAACAUUUCAAGAAGCCGCCAGGCAGACCUUCCUUGGAGCGUGCUGCUUCAGAAUUUGCCUCAGAUGCCACCCCUGCUACUGGUCAAGAGAAUACCCUAUGGUCCAAUCAUGAUAUGAGGAGAGGACCUCUUGCUUCUGACAAGUCUAAUUUUGCAGAUUCGUCUGGAAAAUUUUAUGGUUCUCACAAUGAUGUUUAUUCAGGCUCAUUCACUGAAAACAAAUCUGACAGAAAUGAUGAAGGUAUAGGUUCUGUUUUAGUAGGUUAUAUGAUGAAGCAUGGAAAAAAGCAUUUUGUGCUGGAUGAGAAUAGACGUAACACUUAUAAUCCAUCAUCUGCUGCACGAGAGGCAUCCGUUCUGAAUACUUUUAAUGGAGAGAGGAAGCAGCUACUGACUCAGGUGGGGGUAUACUACGAGCAUGGUUACACACGAAGUCUAGCUCGAUUUGCUGCAAACCUUGGUCCAGUUGCCUGGAAAAUUGCUUCUAAAAGGAUAGAAAAGUGUUUGCCAGCUGCAGUAAAUUUUGGUCCUGGAUGGGUUGGGGAAAAUGAUAUUCCGGUACCCAGACCUUUACAGCUACCUUCUCUCUCGCUUCCACCAGGCCAGAAGACAUUUGGUCAAAAUUCAUACUCUUCCACUGAACCUUAUGCCCCGGAAACCCGAGAAGAUAAGCAAUCUGACAAGCCUGAAGCAGAUAAUUUGUCUGAGAAGCAUGUUCCUUCCGUCCAAUCCGUCUCAGGUGGCCAUUCAAGUAAACCUAUACCUGCUUCUGCCACUACUACAUCAUCCCUUUUAGCUGCUAAAAGAUCUCCGGAAUCAUGGAAUCAAAAGACUGAAGCCAGUGAGGGAUUUUCCAAUACUGGUUUUAACAUGACAAACAGCAGUGCAGGAGCAGGCCAACCGAGGCCUCCCUUCCCUAUUCAUCCUGGCAUGAAUGGAUAUAAUAAUGGUGCUUAUGGCUUUAACCUCCCAGCUCACAUGGCGAAACUAAUUGGGACUGCCAGGCCUCCUGGGUUCAGUUUCCAGUCAUCUCAGAGGCUUGACACUGUCUCGAGGAAUGCAACUAACUUCGCGCAUCCAGCAACCGCAAACUCGAACCCAAACGACCCUAAAUUAUCAGAAAAUUCAUGCACAAUGAAUCCCAGCUCUCCAUCACCAAAAUCCAGGUGCGAGACAGUGGCAACCCCGAGAUCAAGGAUUCAUCCACCACCAUUGUGGGAAGAAUUAUCUCCGCAUCAGAAACUGGAGUCCAUGUUAUCACCACAACAAAAACCAGAUUCAAGCUUGUCACCAAAACAGAAACCAGAUUCAGUUCCCCCAGAUCUUAAUAUCAGAUUUCAGUCACCCGGGUCACCAAGUUCAAGUCGAGCCGAUCCAGCUCACCCAGAUUUAGCUUUGCAGCUCUGAGCAUAAUCGAUAUCAUUAACUAUUUUUUCUCUUUCAAUUAAGUUAACCUUAGAAUGGUGAGGUGCAAAGCAGGUCCAGUUGAAUGGGAUCUGCUGAAGCUUAUAGAUUAUUGUUGUACAGAUCAGUGUAUUCUAAUUCCUAGGCACAUAAGCAAAAGUGGUUUCAUUGGAAGCCAUGAUUGUAGUCUUUAAUUCAUUCCUAGAUGAAGAUGAACAGGCUGUAUUUGACAAUGAACAUGAAUGCCAUGGACAGCAUAGAACAAUAUAUUAGACUCAACAAUUUGUGUAUUGUAUGGUGUUAUAAUGAUGUUUAAGAUGAUUUAUGAUAUGUUAACAAUUUAUAUUUUAUA